AUUGCUGCCAAAAAAACAAAUGACUUUUAAUUGUGUUUAAAAUAAAUUGUUGUUAAAAAUACUAAACAUUUAUAUAAUAAUAAAUUAAUUAGAAAUGAGUUAUCAAUUGUAUAGAAACACAACAUUAGGCCAUACAUUACAGGAGACACUCGACGAGUUCAUACAGUCGGGUCAAAUCAGUCCUCAAUUGGCGGUCAAAGUGUUGAUCCAAUUCGACAAAUCAAUCAACCAAUCGCUGGCCACUAGAGUGAAGACACGGCUCUCAUUUAAGGCCGGACACCUCAAGACAUAUAGAUUUUGCGAUAAUGUGUGGACUUUUGUGCUGAAAGACGUGGAGUUCCGAGAAGUGCAAGAGUUGGUCAAAGCGGACAAAGUGAAGAUCGUUGCCUGCGAUGGCAAGACCUCACAGCCCAAAGACGACAGGGAUUAAGUGCAUCAGUGGUCACACACUCUUGUGUGACCUUUCAUUCAUCUCAUUGUAAAUCAUUAACAAAAACAAAACAAAAAAGAUAUUGUAAUUAUAAAAAUGUGAUUAUUUUGAUGAAUACAUUCAUGUGUUUAACGUUUUUAUAUACAUUAAUGGCUUAAAUAUAAGACAAUUAAAACACAACACCAAUUGUUUCUCUGUAUACGAAACAAUUCUCUCCAUUUAAAUUCAUG